AGGUUCCUCCUGUUUUGUUGUUCAGUUUCAGGCUGCCAGGAAAGAGAAUGUUUGGCUCUAGAGCUCUGCUCACUUUCUUCCUGUGCCUACACUCAAUAGGCCAGGCCAGACGGCUUCCCUGGAAGGGUUGGGCCAAGCACAUAGAGGGAAAGUGCCCCCAGUGCCAGGAGGAGAGAUGCCCCCCUGUGCCCCAGUGGUGCCCAUCAGGGAGGGUGCUGGAUGCCUGCGGCUGCUGCUGGGAGUGUGCCAAUGUGGAGGGGCAGCUGUGUGACAUGGCCUGGCAGGGGCACACGUUUGGGGCAUGUGGGGAAGGCUUGAGGUGCCAGCUGAGAGGAGGGCACCAUGUGAAUGAGCCCCAGUGUGUGUGUAGCAGCCAGGAGAGUGUGUGUGGCACCGACAGGAGGACCUACAGGAACGUGUGCCGCAUGCAGGAGGCUGCCAGGACUCGCAGGAGGGCACAACUCACACUGGCCCAUGUGGGACCCUGCAAGGAAGCCCCUGCCCUUCUGACUGCCCCCCAGGAGACAGUUGCACUGGUUGGACAGAGGGUUAUUCUGGGAUGUGAGGUGACUGCUCAGCCGCUGGCAGAGUUGGAGUGGAGGAAGGAGGGUACCGAGGGGGCACUGCCAGGAAAGAGCAGUCACAUUAUUGUUCAGACCCGCGGGGGCCCUCAUCGAACUCAGGUGACCGGGUGGCUACAGAUUCACCAGGUGAGGGAAGAAGACGUUGGUCUGUACAUGUGCCAUGCUUGGAAUGCAUUUGGGGAGGUCACAGCACUUGCACGACUGAAGGUCAUCUCUCCAGCAGAUUCAGCUCAGGCGCCAGAGGUUAAUGGAGAACUUGAUGUGACUGAUGAUGAAGAUGCUUAUGAGCAAUCUAGAGAAGGUCCUUCUGGGUCCCAUGAGUGAGGCCAAUAGACAACCUUGUCCUUGUUCUGCUCUAAGGGAAGUUGGCAAGGAGCACUGUGAGGCACAUUAGGAAUAUGCCUCUCCCUAGAAAUUUCUCUUCAUUUGGCCCUCAACUAUAUUUUCAUCUUAAUGGGUUGUACUUGUCUGGGCCCCAUCAAACUUGACAAUGAGCAAAGAUGGAGACACUUUAAAAGGUCUAGUUGUGCUAUUGGGGGCCACACUGCGUUGGAUGGAUUCAUAUCACAACAUAUGUUUCUGCACUGGGUCAGGAGCAAUGAAUUCCAGGAAUUUAAGGAAAUAUGAACAUAUCCAUGAGAAAUAAGAAUAUGUUAGUGGGGCACAGACAGGUAGAGAUGAUGGACAUCUGGUUCUGUGCCAAUAGUGACUGGUGAGAUUGGAAACCAUGGGAACAAGUCUGGAGAUCCUGCUUUCUGUAGCGACUGGUUUUGAUCUGGUUGUGGACUUUUGGAUGGGGCAAGGCUUCCUGUAUUUUGGGUGGCAAUGGAUGUGGCUGGGGUGGUGCAGUGUGGGUAGACCACAUAGUCCAUACAGGAAGAUGCCAGCUCAGUUACAGAACAGGACUGGCAUGAAGUUCACCAUAGAGCCACCAGUCACCAUAACCAGUGGAUUGGAUAUCGGGAGCUUUUAUUCAUCCUGUGCCUUGCACCCACUUCCUUGGGUCACAUAUGUACCUACAGAGCAGUGUGUGUAACACUACCUACCCCCCAAACCUGUGUGUCUAACAUUACCUACCCCCCAAACCUGUGUGUCUAACACUACCUACCCCCCAAACCUGUGUGUCUAACAUUACCUACCCCCAAACCUGUGUGUGUAACACUACCUACCCCCCAAACCUGUGUGUCUAACACUACCUACCCCCCAAACCUGUGUGUGUAACACUACCUACCCCCCAAAACCUGUGUGUCUAACACUACCUACCCCCAAACCUGUGUGUCUAACACUACCUACCCCCCAAACCUGUGUGUCUAACACUACCUACCCCCCAAACCUGUGUCUAACACUACCCCCCAUACAUGUGUGUGUAACACUACUUACCCCCAAACCUGUGUGUAACACUACCUACUCCCUAAACCUGUGUGUGUAACACUACGUAGCCCCCAAACCUGUGUGUAUAACACUACCUACUCCCCAAACCUGUGUGUCUAACACUACCUACCCCCCAAACCUGAGUGUGUAAGACUACCUACCCCCAAACCUGUGUGUAACACUAACUACCCCCCCAAACCUGUGUGUCUAACACUACAUACCCCCCAAACAUGUGUGUGUAACACUACCUACCCCCCAAUCAUGUGUGUGUAACACUACCGACCCCCCAAACCUGUGUGUGUAACACUACCUACCCCCCAAACAUGUGUGUGUAACACUACCUACGCCCCAAAUCUGUGUGUAACACUACCUACCCCCCAAACCUGUGUGUAACACUACCUACUCCACAAACCUGUGUGUGUAACACUACCUACCCCCCAAAUCUGAGUGUGUAACACUACGUACCCCCCAAACCUGUGUGUGUAACACUACCUACUCCCCAAACCUGUGUGUGUAACACUACCUACUCCCCAAACCUGUGUGUGUAACACUACCUACCCCCCAAACCUGAGUGUGUAAGACUACCUACCCCCAAACCUGUGUGUAACACUACCUACUCCCCAAACCUGUGUGUGUAACACUACGUACCCCCCAAACCUGUGAGUAUAACACUACCUACCCCCCAAACCUGUGUGUCUAACACUACCUACCCUCCCCAACCUGUGUGUCUAACACUACCUACCCCCCAACCUGUGUGUGUAACACUACCUACCCCCCAAACCUGUGUGUGUAACACUAUCUACCCCCCAAACCUGU